AUGAAAGGCGCAUUAGUCAUAUUUCUUACCCUCAUAAGCCAAGUUUCAUUUGUAAAAUGUUACGAGGGAGAAAAAUACGAGACCCUUCGAAAAUUCCUCCUCCCUGAGAGCUUAAACAGAUCAAACAAUUACAUAACUGAUGAGGAUUCAGCUCAUCAGUAUUCGCCAGUAUAUAUUGGUCCUCAAGAGGGGUUUAAAGCAGCCAACAAAAUCAUCGCAUUGCCAGGGGAACCAAAAGGAGUAAAGUUUGAUCAAUAUUCAGGGUAUGUCACUGUUGAUCCUACGGCUGGUCGAGCUCUCUUUUACUAUAUUUCGGAGUCCGAAAACCCUUCUAGCAAGCCUCUUGUGCUGUGGUUAAACCAAGGGCGUGGCUGCUCUUCUCUGGGUGUUGGAGCGAUGAGUGGACAAGGACCAUUUCGAGUUAGUAAAGAUAACAAAACACUAUGGCACAAUGAAUAUGCCUGGAAUAAAGUGGCAAACAUACUUUACUUGAAAUCACCGGCAGCUGCUGGAUUUUCUUACUCAAACACGUCAUCUGAUUACACUAUUGGAGAUAAACAAACGGCAAAAGAUUCUUACACAUUCCUAAUAAAUUGGUUGGAAAGAUUCUCUGACUACAAAAGCAGAGACUUUUACAUAGCUGAAGAAGCUUAUGCUGGCUUUUUCGUACCUGAACUUGCUUAUCUUAUCCUCCAUAACAACAAAAUAACUAACCAAACGGUGAUUAACUUGAAAAAAACACAAAGCAAGGGACUAUAUGAUUUUUUGAGGUCACAUAGCCCAAUAUCUGAUGAAAUAUAUCACGGUUUAGUUUCAAAUUGCACUUGUAAUAAGUACGCCGAACAAGCGGUGAAGGCAAUGGGAAACAUCAAUCGCUACAACAUAUAUGCUCCAGUGUGCUCUUCUACUUCCAAUGCUCCUUGGAUAUACGGUGAAGAUCCAUGCGCGGAUUGA